GGAACCCUUCAGUACGUGACUAGCAGUUGUGAGGGGAGGUAGUGUUGAAGGAAGAGGCGUGCGCUAACUGAUUUCACGCCUCAGCCUCCUCGUGUGGUGAAGGAACGGGCUCUGGGUGAUGAUACAAGCACCCCAACGCCCUCCGGAGUGGUGAAACGGACGGUGCAGUGCGUAGGAGGCGCCGCAGGGGUGAUUUUAUCUUUGACCACGCUAAAGAAGACGUUUAGCAUUAUUUUUAGCCCACACUGCCACACUAGAAGGAAGGAACGUAGCGAGGUAGUCAGCUCGUGUGUGUGUGUGUGAGUGGUAGUGUCUCUUUAAAUCCUUCCCUUCCUGGAUUACACGACCCUGCUGUCUAGUAUAUUUAGCUCCUGCAAGACACACGCACUCACACACUCACCCGUACUCUCUCACUCCCUCGCACACGCACGCAUACACUCACGCGCGCUGGCUGAAACGGUGGAAAUUAGAGGAAAUAAGUGGAAAUUCUUGUGUGUUGACGUAAAGGAGGUCCACCUGAAGAUUACUUGUGUGUUUUCUUGGCCACAGUGGUGUGAGAGGUGGAGGAGGCCGUGAGGGGGUCGUGUAGCAAGCUGGCGGGAGAGGAGAGAGAAGAGAGUUGCGUCACUUCUCUGCCUCAUAUCUACUACUGCUUCUACUGCUACUGCCACCUCUCCUGCCUCAGAUCCACUCCCUGCAAAAAAGAGGAGUGAAAAAUACUCAUACACACACACGCUAAUACGAGAAGUGGAAGAAAUGAGAGAGAGGUGAGAAAGAUUACCUAACACGGAAUAACAGAAGAAGAAGACACGGGAAAAGGAAGUGAGAAAAGUGGAAAAUACUCAUUACAGGGAGGAAAAGUACCGAAAAGAAGAUCCGUGAAGGAAAAAAGUACUCAGGAACACACACACACACACACACACACACACACACACACACACACACACGCUGGAAAUUUGAAUGUUGAAGCUGUGUGGUUCAAGACGACCUCAAAUUGACGUCAGGAGGACAGGGAAGUCGUGGGUGCACAAGCGAGGUGCCUUCCCCGCCCACGGCACGCCCAUACCAGCACCACGGCACCUACGUGACCAAGGGCGUGGGCUCUAGCCCUCGCCCACGCCGCCACGCCCGUACGGCUGCUACACGCCCGGAAAAGAAUGCCGUAGCGGAUAUGGAAGAAGACGACUGGAGACUGCAAGGAGGAGGAGGAGGAGGAGGGAGGAGAAGAAGAGAACAAGAAAAUAUAGAAGAGAGAAGUUUAGGAAGAAUGAUUGAAGGAGGAGGAGGAGAAGGAGGAGGAGGAGGAGGAGGAGGAGGAGGAGGAACACUCGAAGAAGCAGAAACAAAAGAACACCACACCAGAACAACAUUUUUAGAACAACAACAACACCACCACAACCACCACCACCACAGUCACCACCACCAAAACACAUGUAGAGACAGAGGAGGACUUGCGCACUACACCAGGACGCCACCACUGCUACUACUACCACUACUACUACUGCUACUACUGACGCUGGCUGUGCGAGGGAGCGAGGCAGUGACAUCCCAGCCUGACAGAGUGAAGGCCUUCUGGAGUACCCUUAUUCUGCACCGCCUUCUACUGUAGCUCCGUGUCUUGGCCCCGAGCAUAUUAAUAGAGACAUCAAACCACAGCAUCUCUACGUGAACGAGCGAGAACAGGCGCUGACGAUGCUGACCUCGCCUCACGUCCCGCACCAGCUGAUGACCCGGAUCGUGGCUAUCUUCCUGAAGGAGUGGCUGGGGUAUGUCAACCUCAGCAUCAUUACAGAGCCGGAGAACUUCGAUCCGUGGAAUGUAGUGGAGCAGAUGAGGCCAGAUAGACGUCGCUUGACCAUGAGUGACCGCCGUGAGCCAGAGCCCGCCCUGAGUGGUCCUGAUUGGCUCUUUCCGCUCAUCUUCGACUUCAUAUUUGUCGACGGAAAUUUGGUCCUUGUGGCCAACAAGUCCAGCAUGGAGGUUCAGAUCCCCCAGGCCAUGGUGAAUCUGCAGGUGUGGGUGCCCCCGGGGUACAACCUGGAGCCCAUCACCACCCAGUUCGACACCAGCAGCUACCUUGGAUCUGGGGGAAGGUUUGGGUGGUUCCUGCCGGCGUCCCUCCUCGACUCCAACGCCUUCAUCGUUGAGCACUGGAGGUCCUUCAUCACCAAGGACUCCCCUGCCCUCAGGAUCUUCCACAGGACCCCGGAAGAACUGAAGACGCUGAGUCACAAAGUAAGGGACCCGGUGACCCAGGAGUACUAUUGCCCAGAGGACCUUGAGGAGGGGUUGAGGUGCACUGGUGGCAUCUUCAGCCCCCCGUGGUGCCAGGCCAGCACUGCCACCUGUGCCGUGCUCUUCACUUCUAAAGCAGACUCGGAGAUUGCCAGCUUCCUACACACCCAGAUCCUGACAAUGAGAGCGUACAUCCGGGUGGCUUACAUCGGCCCACACCUCGACCACAGCUUCCUGGAGGCCAACCUGAGACUGCAAGACCAAGGCAUCACUCGCUCUGUGCUGGUAUUCCAUUGGUGGCCUUCAGUGCUCCUCCAGCCCUUCAAUUUUACCUCUGUCUCCUUCCCUCCUUGCAUUGACAGUUCUCAGGUCUCCGGCAGCCCCAGCACCUUCUUCCAGUGCAAGUAUGAGAUGCAUCCCUUCCAUAAGUUUGUCUGGAAGAAGCUGGAAAGAUAUGCCAAGUUUGCCUAUGAGGCUCUCCACAUGGUCCAGCUGAGCAACGUGCAGUUUUCCGAGGUGCUGGACAUUUACAACACUUGGGAGGGCGUCAAGACCCCCGACACACUGGACCAAGUAGCCUGCUCGUGGAUGAAGAAAAACAAGGAGCACUGGGAACACUGGCAUUCAGGUCGCAUUCUUCAUGAGCUCCGCCUGGUUGGCCUCUUUCCGAUCCUUGGCAAUGAGACAGAGAGGUUUAAGUUCCUGGCCCCAGGUGCUGUGGCUGCCUACUUUAUGGCUGUGGAGGCAAUCAACAACAACACCAGCAUUCAAGACUACAAGAUCAGGUCAAUUGUCUUAAACGGAGCCUGUAAUUCCGCUAUCGUCAUGAGGAAGUUUAUUCAGAUUCUGCAGCGCUCUUCAUCUCAAGGCUUCUAUAACACAAUGAUUGGGUUCGUGGGGCCGGCCUGCUCGGACACCAUUGAGCCCAUCGCUGGAGUGUCCAAGUACUUCAACAUCCCCAUCAUAUCCUACGCAGCGGAGGGGGCAAUAUUCUCCGGCCAGGACGACUACCCUUACUUCUUCAGGACCAUCCCAGAGAACAGGAUAUUUGGGUAUGUGUACAAGCACCUCUUCCGCAACAUGGGGUGGAGGAGGAUUGCGUCGCUGGUGGAGGAGGGACACCGCUACUCCGAAUACCUCACUGUCUUGGAGGAACUGCUGCAGGAGCACAACAUGACACUCGACAAGAAGGAGUUUUCCGACGAGCGCAAGACCUCUGAUGUGAUUUCCAAGCUGCAGAUGCUGAACAAGGAGAAGUACCGCAUCAUCAUUGGCAAUUUCUACCAGGACGUGGCUUGUGAGGUGCUGUGCGGGGCAAGCCACCUCGGGAUGACUGGCAAGGAGGGCUACUUAUGGUUCCUUCCCCACUGGUUUACAAAGAACUGGUAUGACACAGACGCACUUGAGACAAACAGCAACUGCUCCACGGAACAGAUGAGCGCUGCCUUGGAGGGCCACAUGUCACUCUCGUACAGGUACUUUGCAGAGGACUCCCAGACUAUUCAGACGGGCCAGACUGUCAAGGAGUGGAAGGUGGAGUACUCGAAGGCUAUCAAGGAGUACGAUAAUGAGAACGUGGCAGAGUCUGACUACGCAGGCUUCACCUACGACGCUGUGUGGGUGUACGCCCUCGCCCUCGACAAGCUGUUCAAGGAGGACCCAUCAUAUGCUGCCGACCUCAGAGCCACCAACACCACACAAGCGUUCAUCAAGAAGAUCUCCAGCACCUCCUUCAAUGGGGUCUCAGGCCACAUCAAUUUCAACGCAGACAGUUCAGACGGCGGGGAGACGCGCAACUCUCGCCUCACCGACGUCAUUGUGUGGCAGUUCCAGUCUGGGGAAUAUGUGAAGGUGGCCACAUACCACCCCAAGUCACCCCUGGCAGAUCUAGGAGAACUCCACAUCUACAAGGACCGGUUCGUGUGGCCGUCGGGAACACAGCCAGACGACGGCAGUGAGAAGUGUGUGGUGGAGGGCUUCAGAAACUUCCUGAACCUGACGUGCACACAAGCGGUGGUCGUCUUGUGCACCAUUUGCUUCGGCAGCCUCACACUUGUCCUCCUCGUGUGUUUCUUCCUCUUCAAGCGCAGGUAUGAGAAGAAGCUGGAGAAGAUACAGGAGAUGUGGCGCGGCCGUCCUCUGUUUGAGAUCUUCGACGGGUGGGAGAUUCCGAGAGACAAGGUGGUGAUCAACAGGAAGCUGGGAGAGGGGGCUUUUGGCACUGUGUAUGGUGGGGAGUGCCUCUUUGACUCUCAGGGAUGGGUGGCGGUGGCGGUGAAGACACUCAAGUUAGGCUCCACCAUAUCAGAGAAGCUGGACUUUCUCUCGGAGGCGGAGAUGAUGAAGAACUUUGAGCAUGAGAAUAUUGUCCAUCUUCUGGGAGUGUGCACCAAAACAGAGCCUAUUUAUACAGUUAUGGAGUUUAUGCUUUAUGGUGACCUCAAGACAUACCUCCUGGCUCGUCGUAAUCUUGUCAACGAGAAAAGCCGCAACGAUGACGAUGAAGUGAGCAACAAGCGACUCACCUCCAUGGCCGUGGACAUUGCUCGGGGCUUGGCUUACCUUGCCCAGAUGAAAUAUGUGCACAGGGACGUGGCCUGUCGGAACUGUCUGGUCAAUGCGAAUCGCAUAGUCAAGCUGGCGGACUUUGGCAUGACACGACCCAUGUAUGAAAAUAAUUACUACAAGUUUCAUCGCAAAGGAAUGUUGCCGGUGCGCUGGAUGGCCCCUGAGUCGCUCACAGAGGGCGUCUUCACCACCAUGAGCGACAUCUGGUCCUAUGGUGUGCUGCUCUACGAAAUUGUCACCUUUGGAGCGUUUCCCUUCCAGGGGUUGACCAAUGACCAGGUGUUAGAGCAUGUCAAGGCUGGUCACACCAUUGCUAUUCCUCGAGGAGUCAAGCCACAACUGGAUAUGCUCCUGCGUCUGUGCUGGCACCGCGCACCAUCCCGCCGGCCCCCUAUUCACCAAAUCAUAGAGCAGCUCACCAGCCACCCCCGCCUCAUCUCCCCAUGCCUGGACAGCCCUCAGUCGUCCGUGCAGUGCGAGGACACCCGGUCACUGGAAAUAAUCCCCGACAAGACGCGGAAAUCAUCGCUGUCAAUUAAUCACCGCCUGCAGAACAUGGCACUUCCUUCCAGUCGCCGCCGGUCAAUGAGUGGCAACAUGGUGAUGAAUGUGCCGCCUCUCACCACCAGUUUGAGCGAGGAUGGGAUGAUCGUAGCGGCACACUCGGAUCUCGACGCCCUGAACCUCAACCAUGUGAUGCUGGAGGAGGGGGAGCCAGGAGAGGACCCAUUACUCCCUCCUGCACAGUAUGUCUCCUCCCGGUACGUCUCACUGGCUCACAAGGAACAGCACAAGGAGCGGGAGAGUCUUGUGGGAGGUCAUGAAGGGGACUACUGCACCACUGACAUCUCCCGGGACUUGUGGACUAAUGUGACCCCCGUGUGAGGCAGUGGUGGUGGUGAUGGUGGUGGUGGUGGACCAGCGUGGCGCCAAAGUGUGGUGAAGUGAAAUGCUGGUCAUUCUCUGGUCACUUUUUUAGUUUGUAGUGUUGGAAGUGGCAGUGUUGUCACUCACUGAACUGUGACGAUGAUGAUGAUGAUGAUAUUCCUGCAUGACACAGUGGAGGACUUUCUCUUUCUCUUUUCUCUCUGUCUUUUUCCUCCUCUCAGUUUUUUUCCCUAGUAUCUUCAAUCAUUUGCUUCAUUUUUCCUUUUCUAGAUGGAGGUGAUAAAGAGAAGUAAAGUUCUCUCUCUCUUUCUCUUUCUCUUGUUCUCUCUCUCUCUCUCUCUCUCUCUCUCUCUCUCUCUCUCUCUCUCUCUCUCUCUCUCUCUCUCUCUCUCUCUCUCUCUCUCUCUCUCUCUCUCUCUCUCUGUCUAUGCAUCUUUCCUUUCAGUCUCCAAAUCUCCAAGAUGAGCCUCAUUUUUUAAGUUCAGUUCCUAAGGUGAUGACUUCUCAACCUCAUUCCUGGGUUGUGAGUGCUGGUUCCCCUCCUCCUCCUCAAUCUCUUCUCCUCCCCCUCCCCCUCCACCUCUACCUCCACAUGUUCCUCCCACUGUGUUCAGCAACUUCAGUAUUAUGUCAUUAUGCAAGGGAUGUGUAUGCAAGCUCUGAUGCAAUUACCACUCCACUAAAUAAGCUGCUCUGUGUGCCAACUCUCAACAAGAAACCUCGCGUACGUGUGUGCGUGUGUGUGUGUUGCCGGUGACUCAGGGCUGCACCUCCAUUCCUGGCCGAGUGUCUGGCCGGCGGAGGGGUAGGGCCGAGGCAGGGGGCAGAGAGGCCGCCACAUGCCCUCCCCUGCUAGGGACUGAUUGAGUGAUAGUGUUCAGGAUCACCAAGGCGUCUCCUUUCUUGCCUGUUAGUCACGGAAGCCUUUGCGUCACACAGCUGUCGCCAAGAUGCCGCGCUGCCGCCAUCACUCUGCUAAGACGCUGCCUGCCGCUCAAGAUGCAAGGAACAGAUGCGCCGCAGCAGCAGCAGCAGCAGCUUGCAGUCCACCACACGCCACGCCGAGCUCAAUGCUUAGUGAGUGUCAGGGCGGCAGGAAAGGGAGGGACCGGCUGCGGCAAGACACCACCACACAGGGCUUUGUUGUCAUGGCAAAGUGAGCAGCAGCUGGGCAUGUGUGUGUGUGUGUGUGUGUGUGUGUGUGUGUGUGUGUGUGUGUGUGUGUGGCGUACAGCCUGGGCCCUGCGGCAGUGAGUGGUGAGAGCAGUGUGUGUGUGUCUGGCAGUGUGUGGAGGAGCAGCUCACUGCACCACAACAACACAUAUACGGGUCUUGAGGGUUGAUUGCUGCCAGCAGGAGCUUGGAGUGUGCCCUGGUGUGUGUGUGUGUUUGUGUGUGCAUACAUGGCGGCAGGGGAAGCCCUGUGCCGCUGUGGUUGGUAUGUGCUAGGCACACGACUUAUAACAUGAUGUACAGUAGUGUAGUGAUAGGGAAACAGUCACACUGCAUCACUCCUGUGUACAUUUUCUCAUCCUCAUCACUCUCCUGCUGGUCAGUGUGGGAGGCAAUUGCACCUCACCACGUCAGUGUUCACCAGGUGUGUGGGGCGAGGGGUGCGGGUGCGAGGGUGGGGAGUGGCAGGCGCUGGGGCACUGCGGGGCAUGGGGUGAGGCAGGAGGCAUGGGAUGGGGUAUGGGGCUGUGCAGGAGCAGACUAGGGUGCUUCGGGGGGUCACCGCCACACGCCAGAUGCUUCUCAGCAGUGUGCGGGGCCGGGUAGGGGCUUUGGGGGCCGUGGCGGCGUCCCCGGCCGUCUUGGCUCUUCAGGGACUCGUUACUCGCUUGUAAACCAAAAGUGACAUUUUAUAUUGUGUUUCCACGUGCAGAGUGUGGAGGGAGUUGCCUUCACCAACAUGCAGGGGAGGUGGCACUGGCUGGGUGUGUCUAGAGGCUAGGGUGAGGGAGGAAUGGGUGGUGGGGUUUAGGGUAAGGGUGUGUCUGGGGGCCUGGGGUGAGCAUGAGGGUGUGUGCUGGUCAUACAAGGCAGCUGGGGCACCCUGGACACAAGCCACCAGGACACCCACCUCUGACACUUUCCCCACAGUCACCUUGCUUUGGAUUAAUACAAAAACCUACAAAAAAACGUGCAAACAAGAGUCAGGGGCAUUUGAUUAUUAACGCUUAACAGGACGAGGUGCGGGGAGGCCAUGGAGGAGCUGAGUGGUGGUGGAGGCGAGGGACAGAGCAAUGAGGCAGCUGCUGACACGCAUACUGACUCACUAUUGUCAACUCACAGACCAGACUUCACUGAGUAGGCGAAGGAAGGUACAGAAAGGCACGAGGCAGCUAGACAGUCCAUCAAUGCAUAAGGAAAGGAAUUUGAAGCUUGCAAAACAGUGAGGACGAGGAAAAGGAGGAAAAAUAAAUCCGAUAGAAAGACAAGAGACACUUCAACAGUGUAUCGCUGAAUGAGAAAAGGGAUUAAAAGGUUUGGUUAGGUUAUAAAGUUCAGACAAACACUUCCGAAUCAUUAUCUCAAACCAGACUGAGAAGCAAGCUGUUAGAGGGUCAUUUAGUCUGCCUUUGGAUAAAAACAGACAGAGGGAAUGAACUAAAAAGCUUAUUGGAUGGAUGAAAUGGCUUAAUCCAGUGAGUUUAGUGAGAGAAUUAAGAGAGUAGAAGUGUCAGUACUAGUACAAGUGUCUCUUGAAGUCACAGUGUUGAUUCUAGGGUGUGUUGAUGUGAUAAAUGCAAGUCACCUGCCAUCACAACCACUCACCUCCAUCCUGACCUGUCCUCUCACCCAUUGCUCAUCUCUCAUCGCUGCAAAGUGCCAACAUACACCCCAUUAAGGCUGGCAGAUAUCCUGUGUGUGUGUGUGUGUGUGUGUAUGUGUGUGUGUGUGUGUGUGUGGGAGUGUGUGGAGAGUGAGGGAGAAUGGAGGAGUGAGGAGGGAGGGAAGGAAGGAUGGAGAGUUAUAUCAAGAAGUUCCUUUUAUAAAGUAUUAAUUAAUUAACUGUGUAUUCGUAGAUCAAUGUUAUUUAUGAGCAAGUGUGUGGCCGUGUGCUGGGCCACUGCCACGCACUCUUAACUUAUGUUCAAAGUAGAGAAUAUUUAUAGAACGCACACACUUUGCCUGCACCGUGCCCUGGACAUGCUGGCUGGGGUGCUGCAGCUCGGGGUGGCCUGGGCUCAUCAUGCACGCUAUGUUCUCCUGUAGACUGACAGUAAAGUAAUAUCACCCUUGUAAACAAACCGAGAACUUCUCAUUCUGCUAUCAUGGGUCACACGCAAACUUAAGUAUUGUUUGAAGGAAGUAGAGAAAAAAAACUAUCAUUAUCUUUGCUAGAGAGAGAAAAAAAAAAGAUCAUUAUCUUUGGUGUGUGACAUAUUGCAAAGCUCCAUGCAUGUCCAUUUUUUGUUCAGCAGUGUCUUUUAAGCAUCAUGCUAGCUGAAAUAAACAUCUACUUUUGUCUAUCACUCAUCUCUAAAAACUUCACUUCCUAAAAUCUACUGUAAGUUCCACAGUCACUUGUAACCUCUGGUACAAUCCAUGCAUUCCUUCCCUAGUCCUGCAGGUAAAAGGUCUUGAUUCAUUGAUACCAGUGUUAAAAGUUUCUGUACAGUGGAAUAAUAGAGUCGGAACCAGAAAAAUUGAGGUGAAUAUUAACGUAUGAAAAGAAGUAUCCACAGUUUUUGUUUACAAGGGUGACAGUUGUGUACACAGUGGCAUUCACUAACCAAGGAGGGAGAUACUUUGAUAAUUCACUAGUAAAAGAUUUGCUUCACAACAGCGGCCCCCAAACACCCGAGGAACAACACUGCAGCGGGCGUGUGUACAGAUGUGUGGUGGUGCAGGUGUGUGUGUUCAUAUGUGUGUAUAUACAGUACCUUGGUUUAUUAUGCAGCUUGUUGUGGCGUGUGUGAGUGUGUACAUGUGUGUGCAUGUGUGUGUCUGGACUGAAAGAGAACCAUGUAUAGAUUCUAUUCACUGUAUGGUGUGGCAGUCAGUCAGUCAGUCAGUCAGUCAGUCACCAAACAUUGAGUACGUUGUGCAUUUAUAUGUUUGCACUUGCAUGCUUUUAUACCGAGUAAGAUUCAAGUGUUUACUGUAAGUGGAGGAAGGCCUGUCACCUCUCCUCCACUCCACACUACCCCCUAUUUCACCACAAAAAGCCGAGGAAUGAAAAUGAAAACGCUCUUACAGAAUUUACGUAUCGUGUGUGUGUGUGUGUAUGUGUUUGACAGAUGUGCUAAUGUGAAAACUCUUAACCUGGUAUAAGCCUGAGUGAUGAAAAGGCAGAGUUAUAUAUGUAUAUUUGUGUGUGUGUGUGUGUGUGUGUGUGUGUGUGAGAGAAUUAACAUUUUUCUAUGCUUUCAAAAAAUAGUUCAGAUCACCAGUUUUCCUGUUCUUUCACCACACAUUUCUUUCUUUUCUAAUGCAAUAGGAGAAGCUGGCCAAGGACAACAAAAAUAUAUAAAAAAAAGACCCACUUGAUUGCCAGUUCCUUUACAGAGCAAAUAGAGUUAGCCAAGACUGGAACAAAUGUCUUAUACCAGGUUAGUGUUUUCCCAGCAGUACAUCACGACCACUGCAUUCAGGAAGCUGCUCUCCAUUUGAUUCUGUUUCCUUGACCCUUGUUGAGAAGAGUGAAGACUUUGUUUACUCAUUGGCACUGUGUUUUGACGAGUUGCCUUGUUUGUGUUUGCUUGAGUCCUCCCUCUGGUCUCCUCGCUGUAAAAGAGAUA